AUGGUCAAGUUUGUCUACGUGAAGUCGAGCCGUUCUUUUGGACGUUGCGAUGAUUGCAGAAGGCGCAAAAAGCGCUGCGAUGAAAGGAUUCCCGAGUGUGGAUCGUGUGUCCGCAGAAAUGUUCAAUGCGUCUAUAGAAAACCUAAACUGAAAAAGGUGUCAUCACCGGGACAGAAAGUCACUUCCAAGUCGAAAAUUGAAAAUUCGUUUUCAGACUAUCUAGACUACCAGUUGGAUGAUGUUGGAAAACGUUGGUUUUCGAUUAUUGAGAAAUACAUUCCGGCUUCUGGGAAAUACCACCAGUGUUUGGAGCGCUUCAUUCCUAUGGCUGGGAGGAAUACCUCGUUGUUGUACGCACUUUGUGGGUGGGGAGGAAUACUAGAGUUGGAAGACCACAGAAGGACAAAUUAUUAUCUCGAGUUAUCUUUGAGUUUGAGCUCGGAGCUUUAUUCCAAAGUGAUGGGAUCCGAAGGUUCCAAAUCGGAGUUGUUAGAGCUUGCUGUUACUCUUACUUGUCAUAUGAUGAUCAGUUCAUUCACCGGUGGAUUAAGUGAAUGCGAAAUUGGCUUUCAGCAGUUGAAAAAGCUUUAUAAACGGUUUGGGUUGGCCUCCUUUCUCGAAGAAACAGGGAAUACUACAUUGUCAAUGAUGUUAUUACGAUGGUUUUUCUACCACGAUGUUUUGAAGCUCACGCCGAGUAGCAAGUUUGGAACCACAUUCCCUCUCUCCGAGUACAAAAGAAUCCUAUCUUACGCCAAUGAUCAGCAGUUGAUGAUUUCCACAUUGGAUUCAAACAACCCGCUGAUGAGUUGCUGUGUGCACCUUUUUUUGCUUCUAGGGGAGCUAAACAACUUUUAUGCCGAGUUUGUUGCUCGCGAAGACUUCUUAUACAAAACCUACCACGACUUGGCGGGGGGUUUGGUCAACAGAAGUCAAGAGGAGCAGUAUCAAACCAUCACUAGUUCUGCAUACGGUGCCUACGAAGAUACAAGGAUUGAGUUCCAUGACUGGGUUGAUUCUCAAAGUCGAUGCUGGCAGGAGAAAAUCGAUAAUGCUAAACCAAAUUUACCAGAUAUAACAAGUCUUGAGAAAGUGCAAAGCAACGAAUUGCACUUGACAUUCUUCGAGGCCAUGCAAUUGACACUGAAACUGUUUCUUCUUUCAAAGAUUCGUCACAUGUCUUCUCUCGACUUUGAGGUGAAGCGCUUGAUGCUGCAUUUGUUCAGGGCAAUGAGAGUUCUAUUGAACACUGACCUAAGCUCGUAUUUAGGAUUUCCCCUACUGAUUGCAGGUGCCGUGGCUGCGGAAGAUCGCGACAGAUUGACUGUCAAACUGAUCUAUUUUGGAAUCAUCUCCAAAAACAGUGCAUCCAAUUUUGAAAGAAUAUGGGCAAUCAUUGAAGAGCUGUGGAAGACGAAUGCUUACGGUCCACGGUUCUUGGAUUGGCAGACGGUUGUCGAUAAGCUGGGUUUGAACAUCUGUGCUGGCUAA